GGGCCGGGAGGCGGCGGGACUGCACAGCCCUGCACUGCACUGCCCCGGGCGAGGCGCGGCGGUGCGACAUGUCCCACCAGACCGGGAUCCAAGCUAGUGAAAGUGUUAAAAACAUCUUUGUUGGAGCCAGAAAUGGACAAUACAGGCUUUUAAAAAUAAUCAUUGACAAUGAGCAGCUUAUUGUGGGAUCAUCUAGGCAGCCAGUUGGAUCAUGGGAAAAGGAUUAUGAUGCCUUUGUCCUUCCCCUACUUGAAGACAAGCAACCAUGCUAUAUAUUGUACAGAUUAGAUUCUCAGAAUGCUCAAGGAUAUGAAUGGAUCUUCAUUGCAUGGUCACCUGACUACUCUCCUGUUCGUCAAAAAAUGUUGUAUGCAGCAACUCGAGCAACACUUAAGAAAGAAUUUGGAGGUGGUCAUAUUAAGGAUGAAGUAUUUGGAACAGUACAGGAUGAUGUUUCACUGAAUGGGUAUAAAAAGUAUUUGAUAUCACAGUCCUGCCCUGCACCUCUGACUGCAGCAGAAGAGGAGCUUCGGCAAAUCAAGAUUAAUGAGGUACAGACAGAUGUUGGUGUAGAUACCAAGCAUCAGACAUUGCAAGGAGUGGCAUUCCCCAUUGCUAAAGAAGCCAUUCAGGCUUUGGACAAGUUGAAAAAUAAGAAACUGAAUUAUGUACAACUGCAAAUUGAUAUGAAAAAUGAAACUAUUAUGUUGGCCAACACACUUCAUACUGAACUUAAGGACUUGCCAAGAAGAAUUCCAAAGGAUGCUGCACGUUACCACUUCUUCUUGUAUAAGCAUUCCCAUGAAGGAGACUAUUUGGAAUCCAUAGUUUUCAUCUAUUCUAUGCCAGGGUACACCUGUAGUAUACGAGAACGAAUGCUCUACUCUAGUUGCAAAAGUCCAUUGCUGGAAAUUGUAGAAAGGCAAUUGUGGAUGCCUAUCAUUAGAAAGAUUGAAAUUGAUAAUGGUGAUGAGUUAACUGCUGACUUUCUUUAUGAGGAGGUCCAUCCAAAACAACACGCUCACAAACAAAGUUUUGCUAAACCAAAAGGUCCUGCGGGGAAGAGGGGAACACGAAGACUGAUCAGAGGUCCAGCAGAGACUGAAACACCAAGUGAUUAGAAACCAUUAUUGUGUUUGUUACAAAGCAUUACAGUAAGAAGUGAAAUCCUGGCUUUUGGUAAUGAACUGAAAUCAUUCCAUUCCUAGACACUAGGGAAAAAAAGAAGCUCUUUUUACUCUUCUGACCUCAACACUUUUUUAUAUUGUUACAUAAUUAUAUUUCUGUUGACCAUGUUUCAUGAGAUGUGGAAGAGCUAAUUAUUUUAAAGCUAGAAGAGGAAAACUAAACUAGUACCCCUUUAUUUUAAAAUAGAAUCCAUUAUUUAAUAGCUGUAUGUGUGAUCAUAAACUUUGCAAACAUGACUAUUAAGCCCAUGUAUUCAAGUUGCAGCUGUGUGCCUAGAACCUGUAUUCUUAUAAGUAGCCUAUUGAAACCUCUGUGAGUUACCAUGUGAUGGGAGCUGAAGGACUAUAUAGCUGAGUCCCACAUACAUCUUUGUUUUUCCUGGUAGCUCUAAGGGACAGUAGUACAACAGAAGCAUUUCUUCAGGUUUUGAUAUGAUGCAUUGUUGUGUUGUUUUGUUUAAUAGAAAAGAUAAACUAAAAUGAGUUAUCCAUCAUGUAAUGUAAGCAUUUAGGAGUAUCUGGAUAUUUUUCCAUGCAAAAGCAUGGUAAUUUCAAAUUUAUAAAUAAUUAUGUGGAAUUGUCCUGUAAAGAAAUGACAAAACCACUGUAGCUUUUCCAGACUGCUAUACCACUCGUAAGCCUUACAUAUUAAGUAUUGAAUUACCAAAUAAAAGGUGAUUAAAAGUGCAUGAGUUAGUAUACUCAGUAGAUUAUGGAUCUGCUUUCUAAGCAGUAUGCUUAAAGUUUCUAAUAAAUAAUUGAUUUUGUGUGCUCUUGGAUCUAAAACUGCAAAUUUAGUAAAAAUUGAAAAUUGCUUCAUAAUAGUGAAUUAUUCUUGAGAUUCUAGUGUGUUUGCAGCAUCAACUGAAAUUCUAACUUUCAAAGCAUUCUGAAAAUUACUUUUCCUAUAUGCUUGAACCUUAAUAGCAACUUAAAUCUGUAGUAAAAUCCAACUAGGUCUUGAAUAAGCCAGCACCUGACUAGGACAUUGUCUAUUUUUCCUCUUCCCCUUCUCCAAAAUGGUAAAAUCAGCCAGAAUGGUCUAAACUUGACUGAACCAUGAGUAAUGUGUUUAAUAGGAAGAAGAAAAACAGAUUAUUUUAAUAAGUGGAUUAAAUGAGAAUUAGAUAUGGAAAUGAAGUAUUGGAUGACCUUAAAUAUUUAAAAUAGUGUAAUGAGGCCAGUACUAGUGGAUAGAUUAUAUUCCCCAGUGGGGACUUUAGUGUCUUAUAUGUCAGCUUUGUGGUUUUUGAAUUUAUUAUUUUUUGAAAGCUACAUGGGAGUUGCAGGUCUUGGUUCACUGCAUAUUAUGGUAGAUGGUGGCUGUACAUGUUAUUUAGCCAAAUCCCAUGUUUACCUGGUGGAAAGUAGAUUUCAACCCAGUUUUGAAGGGAAAAAUAUGUUUUGACACCAUGAGUUCCUGAUAAAAUUUGUUUUACUUUAUAUAUUAUUUGGAGAUCCUAGCUUGUUACUGACAUCUGAGAUUGCACUAUAUAAUGUGAAGAUUGCAAUAGCUGUUGGUUUCACUGUGGGUUUUUUAUAUACAGGAGAAAUUUGUCACCUCAGCUUUCUUCAUUUAAUCUUAUACACUACAUCAAUCCAAUUCAAUGGCUCUUGAUCGUCAGCUAAUCUGCUUGCCCUUAGCUACAGUGUUCUUUUUCUGCCUCCUGCCUUCUCCCUCUAGGGCAAGGAGCUGGUCUGUGGAAUGUUUCUUCCAUGUCAGGAGUUGUUGUUCCACCUGUCAGGCAAGUGUUGUUGUUUAAACAUGGCUAAUGUGUGUCUGGCUCACUGUGCACUGUAAUUAAAUGUAUUCUUAUUUGAGCGCUGAAUCUUUUCAGUAGAACUAAUUCACUCUGAGUUUUGGCUUGGUUUUGUAUUGUUUUGUUUAUUUGUUUUUUUAAAGAAAACCUUUUAGUGUAGCUGUGAAAAAUUACUGCUGGAGAGGGUUUUGUACUUAGUAUUCCUGCCCAUGUGUCACCAUACCAACAGUGCACAUACAGUUUUACACUUGUUUGAGCCACUAAAGAAGUUCAGCUUCUCAAUUCUAAAUGUUCUAAAUAAUGAGCAGUUUGACCUGAUAUGGUUAUGUACCUGCUGGGUUUUGCCUUUUUCCCCCCCCUAAUCCUGCCCUAGCUGGAUGAGGGUAGGAGGUAGGAAGCUUAAUCUGGAUGGUGAGAGCUGUUUAAAUGAUUAUGUGAGGGAAUUUAUAACAAGCUGCUUUAUAUUUUAGUCCAGACCAGACAUAGUAAGUUAUCUUAUUUGAAAAUAUUCUAUGUGGAUGUACAAAGCCCUGACCAGCCAGAAGAAAAUAAUGUCCUGAGCAUAUUUUCCACUCACCUUUUCCCUAAAAGAGAACUGUACGAAGUCUUGCACUGCCAAUGGCCUCUCCAGGCCUCGUAGCUGUUCACCUGACAAAGCAAUAAGAAGCUUCUGAGCUUUUUGUGAGAUUUAUAAUGUUUACAUCUGUGUAGUUGCCUCACAUAACACUACUGCUGUUACUGAAUGAUCAGAGCCAGCAUAAAAUGAGGGCAUUCAUGAAAGUUGCUCCUUUACUCUGAUCAAAUAAUAAUUGAAAGUGUCCAUUCAAAAUUGUUGUUUGCCUUCAGAAAGCCCAGAAGCAAUGCAUCUGCUUGCAGUUAAUUCACAAGCUAAUAAAUAGUUGUCAAUUAACAUGACAGGCAAUUAUUCUUCAAAUGUUUAUGUUGCAAGAUAUGGAGAAUUUGAUGUUUUAGAACACUCCUAUCAGGGGUCUGUAAAACUAAUCAAGGUAAUCAUUGCUUUAUUACUUUGAUAAACACUUUGAUCAAGGGAACUUUUGAUUGAUGGUGUCUGUAUUCAAUGAAAACCAACUUUAGAUGGUAAAAUUUACAGUUUACCUUCUCUAUUUUCUAGUUUACUUUAUAAAUAAAGACUGAUGCUUUA